AUGGAGAAUCAAACAAUUGUCUCUUACUUUUUGCUCCUGGAAUUCUCCAAAGAUCGGCAUCUGCAGCUUUUACAUUUCUACCUAUUCUUCAUAUUAUAUCUGGCAAUUACAGUAGCAAAUCUUCUCAUCAUCUCUGCAGUAGCUUUUGACCAUCGACUACACAGCCCCAUGUACUUGUUUCUGGUGAAUUUGGCAGUACAGGAUGUGGGUAUUGUUUCAGCCAUUGUCCCCAAAUCCAUGAUAAAUUCUCUCAUGAACACCAGAUACAUCUCUUACUUUGAUUGCUUUGCACAAGUAUUGAUCUUUAACUGCUUUGAAGCUUCUGAUUACUUCCUCCUGACAGUCAUGGCAUAUGAUCGGUAUGUUGCCAUUUGCAAACCGUUGCACUAUGAGUUGGUGAUGAAUUGGAAAGCCAGCAUCAAAAUAAUGAUUCUGGUGUGGGUAAUAAGUUUUCUCUACGGUAUGUGGCACACCAUCGGUACCUUUUACAUCCCUUUUUGUUCCAAUGUUGUCAACCAGUUUUUCUGUGAAAUUCCAUAUUUGCUAAAACUGUCCUGCUUUGGGUUCAAUUUAGUUGAAGUUGGAUUCAUUGUGGCCAGUAUAAUCACUUUAGGAUUAGGUUGCUUUAUUUUUAUCAUUGUCUCCUACACUAUGAUAUUCAAGGCAGUUUUGAAAAUCCCUUCUGUGAAAGGAAGGCAGAAGACCUUUUCCACAUGUCUUCCCCACCUUACAGUCAUUUCAAUGUUUUGGGUAACAGUGAGCUUGGCGUAUCUGAAACCUCCCUCUAACACCCAAUCUUACUUAGAUUUCACACAAACUGGCCUUUACUGUUUACUUCCACCUCUGUUUAACCCAAUUAUCUACAGCAUCAGAAAUAAAAAUAUCAAAUCUGCGGUGUCUAAAUUAUGGACUUUCUUCUGA